CGUCACUCUUAGUUUUGUGUUUGGUGCUUGUGACUUAGCGUUUGUGUUGAUUUUAUUUUUGUUUUUCAUUAUUUUCAAACUACAUACUAAUGGUUUGGUACGUUAUCACACAUUAGGAUGACAAUGGAAAGAAGAAUUAAACUAAAAACAUUAAACAGUCAUAUAACGUGUAAGAUUUGCCGCGGUUACUUCAUUGACGCGACUACAGUUACUGAGUGUCUUCAUACGUUCUGCAAGAGCUGCCUUGUGAAGCACUUGGAGGAAAACAACACAUGUCCAACAUGCAACAUAGUGAUACACCAGUCACACCCGCUACAAUACAUAAGCUUCGACAGGACGAUGCAGGAUAUUGUGUACAAGUUAGUGCCGGACCUGCAGGACAAUGAAAUAAAGCGUGAGCGCGAUUUCUAUCGCGCCCGCGGGUUACCGUGUCCAAAGGAUGCUGCGCUCGCCGCAGAUAAACCCGGCGCUGGGGACGAGCCAGAGCAACAGGACAAUAGCGACUGUCAUAGGAAGGAUGAACAGGUGAAUGUGUGCUUGGAAUGCAUAUCGACGUCGCUUAGAACGCUGAAGCGUAGUUUCAUAAGGUGCUCAGCCCAGGCUACCAUCACGCACCUCAAGAAGUUCGUAGCUAAGAAAGUGUUGAAUGGAAUAGAGAAAUAUAGAGAAAUUGAUAUUUUAUGCAAUGACGAAUUACUAGGCAAGGAUCAUACAUUGAAAUUCGUUUAUGUGACGCGAUGGAGAUUCCGGGACCCCCCACUACGACUGCAGUAUAGACCCAAGAUUGACAUUUAAUUUAUUAUUCUUGUGAUUAAAGAUGAAUAAUUGCUCGAAUUACUAGUUCUGUCAUGCGGCUUUGUCCGUCCCAGGUGAAAUAUGUAUAAUCUAUAUGCAUAUCAAAUAUCACCCGAUUCAGUUUAGUGGUUUUUGAGUACAAGAACCACAAAUGUAACUUGUAUCCAUGUAGAUUUAUAUUUGUAAUGUUUUUAAAUUUAGUAGAAUGACAAUAAUGCAUUAAAAUUCGAAUCCAUAUUAAUUUUUUAAAAACAUUAAAAAACAACUUAUUUAAGAAUAAAGUUAUGUUGCUUUCUAUUGAGGUGAUAAUGGGACCAGAUGGUAGUUAUGUUAUCACGAAAUUAUUUAAUGCAGUAUUUCUUGUAAGCGUAAAGGAAUUUGUAUUACAACGAUUCAAUUAUGUGUAACGGUUCAAUUGUCAUAUAAAAUAUACGUUCAUAUUAUUAGUUGACGGCGCGUUUGUAAAGAGUAAACUUCAAACGAUUGAUGCGUUGCUGUAGUGUCUACUGCCAUCUCUUUGUAAUGGCUUAACUUAACAGAGGUACUGCGCUGAUGUUCAGCGUAAAUGGGUGAAUCAGGACUCGAAUUAAAGACAAUUGGACAGAUAUUAAAGUGUACAUUUAUGAUUUAACAUUAAUUAUAAUCGGUAAGGCCAUAAACAAGAAGAAGGCGUAAUAUUUUGAACUGGGUAUGUGUCAAGUGUCAAUUACAACUGACACUUGACAGACACCGUUAACCCUUGUCAUACGCGUCGUCAUUUGAUGAUUAUUUUAUAUAACUUUGAUUUAUUAGAAGAAAUGGCUAACUAUGUUUUACUAAGAUUCGUAAAUGAGAAAAUAACUCAUUAUUCUUCAUCUUUAAUCAUAUAGAUAUAAUCUCAGCUGUAAGAUUCUGCUUAUAGGUAUCAAGUAUUAUAAAAUUUAUUUGGAACAUUUGGUUGUUAGUGACAUGGCUGCCAAUUUAUGAAAGAACGCGUAUACUCACAAUUUUACGGGUUAAGGUUUCCUUUUAAAUAGGUGUAUAUUUGUUUAAAAUUACCACUUUACAAAAAUAAUUGACCAAAACUUAUAAUUUUGUUUGUGUAUUUAUAAUUCUGCUUAGUGAUGACAGAAAUAUUUUUGACCCUAUUUUUUUUUUUUUAAUCUGAAUAACCAUCGCUUGUGAAUGAAAUAAAAAUUUUAAAUUAAUUUGACAGCAUUAGCGAAAUAGCGAGCGAUUUUUGUUUAAUUUAGCGGAAUUUUGAGUUAAUUUAGCGGAAUGUCACAUAGAUCUUAAUUUUUAGUUAAUUUUUAAUGUAAUAAUAGUUCAAUGUCCAUUCAGAAGAUAAAUGUCUGUAUAUUUAUAAUACAUUCUUAUGAAAUAUAGUGCUCACGGUUUCAGUGAAAUUAUAAGAUCACUUUUACCGUAUGCUUCUAUUCUAGUAUAUAAGAAUAUUUUGUACUCUAAUAGAUAGAUAACUUUAUUUUCUUUUAUUCACUUUAAAUAAUCUUCUUUGUUCUUUUUCCUCAUUUUCAUUAA